AUGAAUCAAGCUUUCUCCUGUGCUUCUGGAGAGUAUCUAGAAAUGAAGAACCAGGUAUGCAGCAAAUGUGGCGAAGGUACCUAUUCCUUGGGCAGUGGCAUCAAAUUUGAUGAAUGGGAUGAAUUGCCAGCUGGAUUUUCCAACGUUGCAACAUUCAUGGACACUGUGGUCGGCCCUUCUGACAGCAGACCAGAUGGCUGUAACAACUCUUCUUGGGUCCCUCGUGGAAAUUACAUAGAGUCAAAUCGUGAUGACUGCACAGUAUCUUUGAUCUAUGCUGUGCACCUUAAGAAGUCGGGUUAUGUCUUCUUUGAGUACCAGUAUGUCGACAACAACAUCUUCUUUGAGUUCUUUAUUCAAAAUGAUCAGUGCCAGGAGAUGGACACCACCGCAGACAAGUGGGUAAAACUCACAGACAAUGGAGAAUGGGGCUCUCAUUCUGUAAUGCUGAAGUCAGGCACCAACAUACUGUACUGGAGAACUACCGGCAUCCUUAUGGGUUCUAAGGCAGUCAAGCCUGUUUUGGUAAAAAAUAUCACAAUUGAAGGGGUGGCAUACACAUCAGAAUGCUUUCCGUGCAAGCCAGGAACCUUCAGCAACAAACCAGGCUCGUUCAUCUGCCAAGUCUGUCCCAGAAACACCUACUCUGAGAAAGGAGCCAAAGAAUGCAUCAAGUGUGAAGAGGAGUCCCAGUUUUCAGAGGAAGGGUCCAGCGAAUGUAUGGAGCGACCUCCCUGUACCACAAAAGAUUAUUUCCAGAUCCAUACUCCAUGCGAUGAAGAAGGAAAGACACAAAUUAUGUACAAGUGGAUAGAGCCCAAAAUCUGCCGGGAGGAUGUCACGGAUGCUAUUAGGUUGCCCCCUUCUGGAGAGAAGAAGGAUUGUCCACCUUGCAACCCUGGCUUUUAUAACAAUGGAUCAUCUUCUUGCCAUCCCUGCCCUCCUGGAACAUUUUCGGAUGGAACAAAGGAAUGUAGGCCGUGUCCCGCUGGAAUGGAGCCUGCGCUUGGGUUUGAAUACAAAUGGUGGAAUGUCCUUCCUGGCAACAUGAAAACUUCCUGCUUUAAUGUUGGGAAUUCAAAGUGUGACGGAAUGAAUGGUUGGGAGGUGGCUGGAGAUCAUAUCCAGAGUGGGGCUGGAGGUUCGGAUAAUGAUUACCUGAUCUUAAACUUGCAUAUCCCAGGAUUUAAACCACCAACAUCUAUGACUGGAGCCAUGGGUUCUGAACUUGGAAGAAUAACAUUUGUCUUUGAGACCCUCUGUUCGGCUGACUGUGUUCUGUAUUUCAUGGUGGAUAUUAAUAGAAAAAGUACCAACGUGGUGGAAUCAUGGGGUGGAACCAAAGAAAAACAAGCUUAUACCCACAUCAUCUUCAAGAAUGCAACAUUUACAUUUACAUGGGCAUUCCAGAGAACUAAUCAGGGCCAAGAUAAUAGACGGUUCAUCAAUGACAUGGUGAAGAUUUAUUCUAUCACUGCCACUAAUGCAGUUGAUGGGGUGGCGUCCUCAUGCCGUGCCUGUGCCCUCGGUUCUGAACAGUCGGGCUCAUCGUGUGUCCCCUGCCCCCCAGGCCACUACAUUGAGAAAGAAACCAACCAGUGCAAGGAGUGUCCACCUGACACCUACCUGUCCAUACAUCAAGUCUAUGGCAAGGAGGCUUGUAUUCCAUGUGGGCCUGGGAGUAGAAGCACUCAGGACCACUCAGUUUGCUAUAGUGACUGCUUUUUCCACCAUGAAAAAGAAAAUCAGAGUUUGCACUAUGACUUCAGCAACCUCAGCAGCGUGGGCUCGUUAAUGAAUGGACCCAGCUUUACUUCCAAAGGAACAAAAUACUUCCAUUUCUUCAAUAUUAGUUUAUGUGGGCAUGAGGGGAAGAAGAUGGCUCUUUGUACCAACAAUAUAACAGACUUUACAGUAAAGGAAAUGGUGGCAGGGUCAGAUGAUUACACGAAUUUGGUAGGAGCAUAUGUAUGCCAGUCAACUAUUAUUCCCUCUGAGAGUAAGGGUUUCCGAGCAGCCUUAUCAUCACAGUCCAUCAUUCUGGCAGAUACAUUUUUAGGAGUGACAGUUGAAACUACAUUGCAAAAUAUUAAUAUAAAAGAAGAUAUGUUUCCACUUCCACCUAGCCAAAUACCAGAUGUGCAUUUCUUUUAUAAGUCUUCUACAACUACAACAUCUUGUGUUAAUGGCCGAUCAACUGCUGUGAAAAUGAGGUGCAAUCCUACUAAACCAGGAGCAGGAAUGAUUUCAGUCCCCAGCAAGUGCCCAGCAGGCACCUGUGAUGGGUGUACAUUCUAUUUUCUGUGGGAGAGUGCCGAAGCUUGCCCUCUGUGCACAGAACAUGACUUCCAUGAGAUUGAGGGAGCCUGUAAGAGAGGAUUUCAGGAAACCUUGUAUGUAUGGAAUGAACCUAAAUGGUGCAUUAAAGGAAUUUCUUUGCCUGAGAAAAAGUUGUCAACCUGCGAAACCGUUGACUUUUGGCUGAAAGUGGGAGCAGGUGUGGGAGCUUUCACUGCGGUUUUGCUGGUGGCUCUAACUUGCUACUUCUGGAAAAAGAAUCGGAAACUGGAGUACAAAUAUUCCAAGUUAGUGAUGACAACUAACUCAAAGGAGUGUGAACUCCCAGCUGCAGACAGUUGUGCAAUCAUGGAAGGAGAAGAUAAUGAGGAAGAAGUUGUAUAUUCCAAUAAACAGUCACUACUGGGAAAACUCAAAUCCUUGGCAACAAAGGAAAAAGAAGACCAUUUUGAAUCUGUUCAACUGAAAUCCUCAAGAUCCCCAAAUAUAUGA